CUUUGCUCCCCAGCCCUGCACCUUUUUCUGGGGUCGGGCCCUGUUCCGGUGUCUUGCGAGAGCCCAUGUUGCUGCUGUUUUGCCCCGCCCUGCACGGCCCUGCCCUCCUCCAGCCGGGAGCGCACCCUCUGGACGGUCGUGUAGAGAGAAGCUGGGAGGAGGUCAGCCAACCCAACUCGCCCAUUUCACAGAUUUGGAAACUCAGAUCCAGGAAUACCGCUUGCUUUGCUCAGCAUCUCGAAUGUAGUUCAAGGUAGAACCCAAACUGGCACCCACGUUUCUUGAUUUCCUGUCCAUCGCGCUUUGACCACGCCACCCACACUGAAGAAUACAACCUUUUCCUGUUUUGUUUUUUUUUUUUAGCUGUAGCUUUGAUCCUGCAGUCGGAUCCUCUCAAGCGGGAGCUCUAGUCCUGUGGGCUCAACCUUUAGCUUUUCUCUUCCCAGUCUGCCAGUCUAUUCGUCCAGAAGGACAGUGCGCACAUGAAUAAAAUGCUUCUCUUAUAUGUGCUGCCUGGGAUUGGUAACAUCCAGAGAGCAGCGUCUUUGCCCAAAUGAGAUUUGCCAUCUCAUCUCAUCUCAGCUUCCUCUGCCUUCUCAUGGCUUUGGAAUCCCUCCUUGUGUAUGUCCUUCCUGCCCUACUCUCCUUUGAGAAACAGAUGGUGGCUUAGAGCUUUGGGAAGAGGGUAGUACUGUGGCCUGCAGUCCCCUCUAAUCUCAUGCCACAUGUCACUGUGGCUGUGGCUACUACUGAGGGAUCAGUGCCCAGGGCUUGUGUUUGGGGUGCUCUUGAAACUGUUGUGAUGUUUUCUCCCCUCUUCACUCUGAGAGCAUCACUUCCCCCACCCCUGCCUGCCUUAAUUUGUUGAGUUCUGCUUUCCCUCAAAAUCCUGAGAUGAAAUGUCUUUUUAGUUGUGGCCCAAGGACUCAUUUCCUCCCUGGCAUCCCUGUAGCCCCCACACCCGACUAGCUAAGAUGAGGGGGCUUGGCAUCAGACUCUGUUCACUUAAAUCUAAUAUGUAGUCCUGCAUCUAAAAGCUUUCUGUUUACAUGUUUGGGCUGAUUACUUUUUUUCUGAAAUGCCUUCGAGCUGUUAACUGCUAUUAUUCAAACAAUGGCUGUUAUUUUUAUGAUCGUGAAGAAUGAUAGCAGCAGUUAUUUAGUGUUACUACAUUGACAAGAGUACUCUUGCUGUUAGACAUCUGACCAGCUUUUCCACUUCAGCUUCCCUCUAGAUCAUUUAUUCAACAAAUAUAUAUUGAGUAUUUCCAUGAAGCAGGUACUGUGCUAAGCUCUUUACAAACAUUUCAUUUAUUGUCAGAAUAGUCAUGACACAUUUUUGCUUGAAAAACAGAGAAAAAAUAUGUCAUAUAUAGAAUCAUUACACACACACACACACACACAUAAUCAUAAAGGGUAGAGCUGGAAGGGACCUUAGCAUUUAAUCCUACCUCCUUAUUGAGAGAGUUGAGGCCCAGUAGUUCAGUGAUUUGCCCAAGGUCACAGAACUAAGUAGUGAAGUUAUGGAGCAGAAUGGAGCUGGUAAGUCUAGUUUUUGAGACAGGCAUCCUCUGUAGAGCUCAGGAGUUCCAACUUUUUUUUUUUUUAAAGAUUUAUUUAUUAUUUAUGCAUACAAGAACUGGGGUAUAGGCCAGAGAUGUGGGGAGUGAGAGGAUUCACCAGAGACAUAGUGGGGAACAGAACAGGCAGGUUGACUGAAACACACUGCUGAGGGGAGCAGCGGGCGAGUCAGGAGAGGUCUGCUGCUCCAUGUGUGUUGCUCCCUGGCGGGGGAUCAAACUCAUGCUGAAGUGGCUGCAGAUAGGCUUCAUAGUUUGCAUCUUAACCCCUUGCCCCACCACAGAGGCCCCAGAAGUUCCAACUUUUGAGAGUAAUCUGAAAAGUUGAGAAUCUGAGAAGGAAGUUUUUGUGUGUGUAGACCAGGAGAAAUGGCAUGUAACUUGUGUUUGCUACAAGUCAGGAAUCCAUCUUAUUUGCAAGCUAUUGCUAUAAGAAGUAUUUUAGCAAGUAGGAAACUCUCCAUUAGCCCUAGUAAGGGAAUGAACAGUGAUAUGGACAAUCUAAGUCACCUAGCUUUGUUGUGGAAUAAUCUGUUUUGUCCUUGUCUUACAUUUCAUUGUGACUAUGUGCCAUUCUGAAAGCUCAUGCUUCAAGCCAAAUCAUGGUUCCAAGUAAAAGGAGGCAGGAAGUUUGAGUUUUUCCUUUUGUCCUUUUCUACACUGCCCCUUAAUAUUUUUCCUCCUCGGUGGCUUUAUCCUGGUGUGGAGAGUGAGUACCUGUUGAAAUGCCUUUCUUCUCUUUCUCUGUAGGCCUUGUCCUUUGGAUUUCCUUUAGCCUUAGAUCACUGGAGGGCUUGUGGAAGGAGGUUUGCAUCAUCUUGGAUUUGCUGCGCAACCACGUAGUGUGAUGAGCCAUGCGGAGCCAGCGGAGCCUGCUGCUGGGCCCUGCCCGCCUCUGUCUGCGCCUGCUUCUGCUCCUGGGCUACAGGCGCCGCUGCCCACCUCUGUUCCGGGGCCUGGUACAGCGAUGGCGCUAUGGCAAGGUCUGCCUGCGCUCCCUGCUCUACAACUCCUUUGGGGGCAGUGACACCGCCGUCGAUGCUGCCUUUGAGCCUGUCUACUGGCUGGUGGACAACGUGAUCCGCUGGUGUGGGGUGGUGUUCGUGGUGCUGGUGAUCGUGCUGACCAGCUCCAUCGUGGCCAUUGCCUACCUGUGCGUCCUGCCCCUCAUACUCCAAACCUACUCAGUGCCACGACUCUGCUGGCAUUUCUUCUAUAGUCACUGGAACCUGACCCUCAUCGUCUUCCAUUACUACCAGGCCAUCACCACUCCACCUGGAUACCCACCCCAGGGCAGGAACGAUAUUGCAACAGUCUCCAUCUGUAAGAAGUGCAUUUACCCCAAACCAGCCCGGACACACCACUGCAGCAUCUGCAACAGGUGUGUGCUGAAGAUGGAUCAUCACUGCCCCUGGCUAAACAACUGUGUGGGCCACUAUAACCAUCGGUACUUCUUCUCUUUCUGCUUUUUCAUGACCCUGGGCUGUGUAUACUGCAGCUACGGCAGUUGGGACCUUUUCCGGGAGGCUUAUGCUGCCAUCGAGAAAAUGAAACAACUCGACAAGAACAAACUACAGGCGGUUGCCAAUCAGACUUAUCACCAGACCCCACCGCCCACCUUCUCCUUCCGAGAAAGGGUGACUCACAAGAGCCUUGUCUACCUCUGGUUCCUGUGCAGUUCCGUAGCACUUGCCCUGGGGGCCCUGACUAUAUGGCAUGCUGUUCUCAUCAGUCGAGGUGAGACUAGUAUUGAAAGGCACAUCAACAGGAAGGAGAGACGACGUCUGCAGGCCAAGGGCAGAGUUUUCAAGAAUCAUUACAACUAUGGCUGCUUGGAUAACUGGAAGGUAUUCCUGGGCGUGGACACAGGAAGGCACUGGCUCACUCGGGUGCUUUUACCUUCCAGUCACUUGCCCCAUGGGAAUGGAAUGAGCUGGGACCCUCCCCCCUGGGUGACUGCUCACUCAGCCUCUGUGAUGGCAGUGUGAACUGGAGUGUCAACCACAACUUGAACAUCACUCUGCUUCCUGCUUUGUCUCAAGGACCUCCAAGGGUAGCUUCUUGGAAUCUUUGAGCAAGAAGAGCCAGUGGACCUUGCCUUUGGGUAAUGUGCAGGGAAACUCAAGGACCAAUUUCCCGGCCACUGCAGAAGCAAGGCAUGAUGUGGAAUCACUCUAGGACUGAUGUCCCUUUACUCAGGCAAACAGAAGUUCCAGCCCCAGACUGGAGAUUAGGCAGCUAGCAACCUUGCCCGGUGCUGACCCCACCUCCUCCAGGUUACAGCACUGGGGUUGGCUACCACCUCUUUCACUUGCUGUCUGAGAAAACACCUGAAUGACUGAGCUGAGAUCCUGGCUUCUCAACAGGGCAAAGACACCGGGCCUACUGCUGAGGUCACUGCCACUUCUCAUGUGCUGCUGAAGGGAGCAAAAAUAAAGGUAUUUGGUUUUUAAA